GCCUAAAGCAAAACAAAGUCAAAGUCACUUGUAAGAUUACAAAACAACUUUCCAAGUCCAAGGUGUGAAGUGAAGUUAUCAAGGCAUGAAGAAGAAGGAGGUCUGAAAGUAGGGGAUCUGCGGCUAUGACAGCACUAUCCAACUCCAACGAUACGGCCAUAACCUUGGAAGAAUGGAAUGGCUCUUCCACCUUCAAGCUCUCUAAGACUUUCACCAUCCAAGCUUCCUCUUCCUCUGUCUCCUUUAAAAGAUCCGGUGCCCGUUUCACCCAUCUUUGGAGACGAUUAUUGCAGGCAUUAGUUCCUGAGGGUUUUCCUAGCAGUGUGACUGCAAAUUAUGUUCCCUUUCAAAUAUGGGAUACAUUGCAGGGUCUUUCAACUUAUACAAGGACCAUGCUGUCUACCCAGGCUCUCCUUAGUGCUAUUGGGGUUGGCGAGAAAUCAGCUACUGUGAUUGGUGCCACUUUUCAGUGGUUUUUGAGGGAUCUAACCGGCAUGCUUGGAGGUAUCUUAUUCACAUUCUACCAGGGAUCAAAUCUUGAUAAUAAUGCCAAAAUGUGGCGUUUGGUUGCAGAUCUUAUGAAUGGUCUUGNNAUGGACCUUAUUUCGCCACUGUUUCUGUCAGCUUUUGUGAUUAUUGUUUUAGGAAGCAUAUCAAGAUCAUUCACUGGUGUUGCAAGUGGAGCCACUAGAGCCGCUUUGACUCAGCAUUUUGCUCUUCAGGAUAAUGUCGGAGAUAUAUCUGCUAAGGAAGGGAGUCAAGAAACAGUGGCCACAAUGAUUGGCAUGGCAUUGGGCAUGCUUGUUGCUCGCAUCACCAUAGGACACCCACUAGCCAUUUGGGUUUGUUUUUUGUCCCUAACCCUGUUCCAUAUGUGUGCAAACUACAAAGCUGUGCGGUGCCUAGCGUUGACCUCAUUAAAUCCUGAAAGAACCACUAUUCAUUUGCAGCAUUUCAUGAAGACAGGCCAAGUUCUGUCACCUGAACAAGUCUCUGCAAAGGAACAUGUUUUACCUCUUAAGCUCACUGUAUGGAGCUCAAAGAAUGCUGAUUUGCUGUAUACAAAAGUACAUUUAGGUACAAGGGUUUCAUCAUUAGAUAACAUGGAAAUGUGAGUGGCUUCCUUAUCCUUUGAGAAAAUUUGUUUCUUAAUCCAUGAAUAAUACUUUAACAACCUUCUGGGUUCUGCCUUAACAUAUGAUCACUGCUUUAUUAUUUAUUUCAAGAUAAUGGUUCACUUUUCUGUUACCUCUAAUGGCCAAAAAUCAUGGCAUUGUAAACUCAUGCCAUGUUAACCUCUAACUUUUUGAACAUGUUAAGCAGUUUCUUUUAGACUUGAAACCUUGACAAUAUACAAGUUCAUCGAACUUUGUGAAGAAAUGUAGUUUUUAUUUUCAAGUAUGGUGCAGCAAGAAUUGAAUUUAAACCUUUUCGUUAUAAAAGCUCUACUAUAUGAUCCUUCUCUCCUGUAAGUUUAUGCUGUUGGGUGGCGAUACAUGAGUGGCUUUACAUUUAACUAAGUUGAAAGCAAUUGUCAAUUCUUGCUCAGCAUGUGUUAUCAUUUAUCAGUACUACGUCUAAACUUAAGUUGCAUGUUUGUUCUCGAUUAUUGUUAGAAAUAGCAGUAAAACUUCAUUAAUAAACCUUACUUGGAAUUUUCUUU